AGGAAGUGACACACACACACACACACACACACACACACACACACACGCGCUGAGACACCGACAAAAACAAUCUUUUUCAGACCAGACUCACAGUUUUCCCCCGGGGAGGAAAAAUACAGGAAGGACUGGGAGAACUGCUGCUGUUAACACGUCCGACCUGCUGCUGACGGAUCACACGAACUGUGUCGAGGCUCAGUGUUGCUGUAACUCUCAGGGAACAUUCUCGAGAACGGAGAGGAGUCGCGACUGAACCUACUUCCUGCUCGGGGCUCUGCCCUUUGCUCUGUGCGCGUCGGUGUCCCCGGCCGCGCCGAGACUGAGGCGAUGUCUUUCCGAGCCGAGGAGAAUCUCACCUGUCCCGUCUGCCAGGACAUUUUCAAAGAUCCCGUCGUCCUGACGUGCAGCCACAGCUUCUGCAAACACUGUCUGCAGACGUGGUGGAGGGGCAAGCCCGCGCAGGAGUGUCCCGUCUGUAAGAGGAGAUCGUCCCGGAGCGAGCCGCCGCGUAACUUGGCCCUGAAGAACCUGUCCGAGUCCCUCUGCGCUCUGCACGCCGAGAAGCUCAAGCUCUUCUGUCUGGACCACCAGCAGCCCGUGUGUCUCGUCUGCAGGGACUCAAGGACGCACAGCAGCCACCGAUUCCGACCCGUCCACGAAUUUGCACAGGAAUACAAGAAGGAGCUCGAGAACUCCCUCAGGCCGCUGCAGGAGAAGCGGAAGCUCUUGGAGCAGGUCCGAGCAAACUGCGAGCAGACGGCAGAACACGUCAAGGUGCAGGCCCGGCGCACGGAGGGGGAGAUGAAGAGGCAGUUCGAGAAGCUCCACCGGUUCCUGCGAGAGGAGGAGGAGGCCAGGAUCGGUGCUCUGAGGGAGGAAGAGGAGCUGAAGAGUCGGACGAUGAAGGAGAAGACGGAGGCUCUGGGCAGAGAGAUCGCAGCUCUGUCUCACGCCGUCAGAGCCGCAGAGGAGGAGCUGAGAGCCGAGGACGUCUCCUUCCUUCUGAACUACCCGGCUGCAGAGGAGAGGCUCCGGCGGCGCCCGCUGCCCGACGACCCGCAGCCGCUCUCCGGAGCUCUGAUCGACGUGGCCAAGCACCUGGGCAACCUGACCUUCAACAUCUGGAACGCGAUGAGGGAGGUGGUCUCCUACGCCCCGGUGAUCCUGGACCCGAACACCGCCAAUCCGGAGCUCGCCGUGUCCGAGGACCUGACCGCCGUGACACACGGGGAGCGGCAGAAGCUUCCCGAGAACCCGGAGCGGAUCGACUACCACCGCUCGGUCCGCGGCUGGGAGGGGUUCACCUGCGGGGUCCACACCUGGGACGUGGACGUUCGGGACAACGCGGCCUGGUUCGUCGGCGCGGCCGCGGAGUUUGUCCACAAGAGGGGACGGUUCAAAUCCGGGUUCUGGCAAGUGGAGUUUCACAACGGCAAGUACGGCGUGCGCACGUCAGGAGAUCCGCCCGCCGUCGUCCGGCCCAAGAAGAAGCUCCAGCGCAUCCGGGUCCAUCUGGACUGGAACAGAGGGAAGCUGUCUUUCUCCGAUCCCGACACCAACGCACACAUACACACCUUCACACACACGUUCACCGACAGGCUGUUUCCGUGCUUGGGCACUUUGCACGAACUCCCGCUGAGGAUAUUGCAGAGCAAGAUCUGUGUGACCAGAGAGUAGCUCCGACCGAGAGUGUGAGGACGUUCGGAGCUGCUGGUGUCUCGAGGUUUUAAAGUACCGAUGCCACAUUUAGUUUGGUCAAACACAAAGAUAUUUCAGAUAAGAGUGUCCCGUUGAAAGUUGUGACCCGGAAGCACUUCUCAGCAGCACCAAACAACCGGAUCUUGAUGUUUUGUUAGCCAGUUUGCUAAGCUAACGCUAGCUGCUAACCAAGUUGUAAAGUUGCGAUAUUAUUAUUGACAGUUGAAUCGGGAAGAGCCGACGCGGUGACAACGGGUGUUUGCACCAUGAACGUCGACGUGCGUCCCAACACGAUAUCGUUCAACUGAAAAACAACCGUUCAUGAAUUUUUGAGAGGCGUGAGGUUACCGGAGCUAGCGUAGCUUCGCUAACGUUAGUUAACGUGGAUGUGUGAACCGGUACCACACCACGGACGUUUAGGGCUAUUUCAACUUUAAU